AUGCUAAGUGUUUUAGACUGUGCAUUCUGGCCAAAUGGUACAUAUGAUGAAACUGCUUGUGACAAAAUUAGCGAGGAUGCACUAUUGAAGUCUCUGGUCAAUAGCCAUAUGAUUUCCGUGGAAAUACCUCCACAAAAGUUAUCAACACCACUGGCCACUGGAGCCGCCUCUAAAAUUGAGAAUGAUAUUUUAGAGGUCUAUAGGAACAAUCAAGAUGACAAUGUUUCCUCGAUUGAUUUGUUGAGCAAUGAGAAGGUCAUUUCGGAUGAAAUCCUUGGAAAUAUGUUUGAAUCCUUCAUAAACAAUUUCAAAACAGAAAAUUCAGAAACUUAUUUUCAUCAAUUCCAUACAAAUGUCACUUUAAAACUUUACACAAUCAUUAUACAGCUGGACCAUAUCAAUUCAUAUUCGUCUGAAAUGUACUCCCAUCUGAUCAGAAAUCCAUUGGCAGUGUUGGAGGCUUUCGAAAGAGGAGUUUGUAAACUCCAUAACUUCCAAAAUUUUCAAGUGCAAAUUGUAGCCAACUCAAAUAUCAGUAAGAUUAGGGAUAUUAAUUCCAAUAAGAGCAAUAGAAUCAUCAAAAUCCAAGGAAUUGUGGUGUCAGCGAGCUCGAUCAUCACAAAGCCAAAAGAACUAUACUUACAGUGUAAAAACUGUCAGAAUGUGAAGAAAGUUAAAGAUGGAAUUCCCAGAAAUUGUGACAACUCAGAGUGUCCUUUGGACCCAUACUUUAUUGUUCCAGAGAAGUCCAUAGUUGAAGAUAUUCAGUACAUCAAAAUCCAGGAAUUCUUUGAGGAUAUUCCGAUGGGCGAAACACCAAGACACUUUAAUAUUUCACUUUCGGGUGUUCUGGCUAAUAAGAUCAGUCCAGGAUGCCAGGUAAAAAUUUCAGGAGUUUAUUGCAUUAAAAACACAAGUGAGAAGAGCUUUCCUUUUAUUAGGGCCUUGGGAUUGGAAAACAACAAGAAUAAGGUGAAGAAGAGUUUCAGUGAGGAAGAAGAAUCUUUCUUUAGAGAUUUGAGUAAGCAAGAUAUUUAUGAAAGGGUUUCUAGAUCGAUUGCUCCGAGUAUUUUUGGAAAGAAAGACGUAAAAAAAGCACUAGCUUGUAUGCUGUUUGGAGGUACCAGAAGAAUCAUGGAUGAUGGGAUUAAUCUUAGGGGAGAUAUUAAUAUCCUACUUUUGGGGGAUCCAGGUAUCGCCAAGUCCCAGUUUCUUAAAUUUGUCGAAUUAGUAAGUCCAAUAAGUGUCUACACUUCUGGUAAGGGUUCUUCAGCUGCAGGCCUAACAGCUUCUGUAAUUAAGGAUAGAAAUAAUGAAUUUUAUUUGGAGGGUGGAGCACUUGUCCUGGCAGACAAUGGAGUCUGCUGUAUUGACGAAUUUGAUAAAAUGAAUGAACAUGACAGAGUGGCUAUUCACGAAGCAAUGGAGCAGCAAACUAUUUCUAUAGCAAAAGCAGGAAUUACUACAGUUCUCAACACUAAAACAAGUAUAUUAGCGGCAGCCAAUCCAAUAUUCGGUAGAUAUGAUGAUUUUAAGACACCAGCUGAAAAUAUUGAGUUUGGUUCAACCAUAUUGUCGCGUUUUGAUUGUAUCUUUAUUCUAAAGGAUAAAUUCUCCAAUGAAGAUCGGAUUACGGCUGAACAUGUCCUGCAACUGCAUACCAACCAAAAAAGAUGCAAAGAAGAUGAUGUUAUCGAUGUUGACACACUGAGAAAUUAUAUUCAAUAUGCAAAAGCCAAAGUGUUUCCAACAAUGAACGAAAUGGCUUCCCAAAAACUAAAUAAAUUCUAUGUAAAUAUCAGGCAACAGGUGAAUGAAUAUGAAAAUGAGACAUCUAGUAAAAGCUCAGUGCCAAUUACCGUAAGGCAGUUGGAGGCAAUCAUAAGACUAAGUGAGAGCUUGGCCAAAAUUGAACUAAACAAUACUGUUUCAGUAAGACAUGUGGAUGAAGCGAUUCGGCUGUUCCAGCUAUCCACAAUGAAUGCAGUAAGCCAAGGCCACCAAAUAGAAGGGAUGUACCGUUCAGAUUACUUCGAGCAAAUUAAUGAGGUUAUUCAGAAAAUUAAGGAUGUUAUGCCUAUUGGUGGUUCAAAAAGAUUCGUGGAAUUGGCUGCGAUAAUUGGUGUAGAGGAGGCAGUGAUGAAAAGAGCAAUAGACUAUUUAGUUAAACAAAACAAGAUAGUUUCAAGGGACUAUGGAAGAAUGCUGACAAGAUUGCCAUAA